AUGACCAGUGACACGCUGAAGGUUAAUUCUGUUGUGAUAGAGGACAGCUUUCGAGGAUAUCCUACGGAAUAUUUUUGUACAUCUCCUCGGUAUGACGGUUGCUUAGAUUAUGUUCUUAUUCCAAAUGGAAUGAUUAAAGAUAGACUUGAAAAAAUGUCAAUGGAUAUUGUCGACUAUUACGAAGCCCGUAAUGCAAACUCGAUCACACUCAUGUGUGUCCUCAAAGGUGGAUUUAGAUUCCUUGCAGAUCUUGUUGAGACUCUGGAACGUACUGUCCGCGCUCGAGGUAUCGUCCUGCCGACGUCAGUUGAGUUUGUUCGUGUUAAGAGUUACGUUAAUGAUGUCAGUGCUCACGAGCCUUUACUAACUGGUUUAGGAGAUUCUUCGGAGUACAAAGAUAAGAAUGUUCUCGUCGUCGAAGAUAUAAUUGAUACAGGAAGAACAAUAACUAAACUAAUAGAUCACUUGGCCAAUUUGUCGACGAAGAGUGUUAAGGUUGCGAGUCUCCUUGUCAAACGUACAUGGCCUAGGAGUAAAUACCGACCAGACUUUGUUGGAUUUGAAGUUCCAAAUCGAUUUGUUGUCGGCUAUGCUUUAGACUAUAAUGAAAAUUUCCGUGACCUGCACCAUAUCUGCGUGAUUAAUGAAACGGGUCAAAAAAGAUUCUCUGUACCUUGUACAUCGAAACCUGUUUAA